AUGGCUUCUUCUAGCCGUGUUGCCGAGCCUCCUGUCAACGAGGUCCCUUCUGAUGAUCGCUCAGUCUCGGGCGAAUCGGACUCUACCAACGAAGAAGGAUGGGAAGAUGUCGAGCCCGAGGAUGAUUCCCAACCAGUCGUGGGAUUGUUCUCGGAUGUUGUUUUCCCUGACAUUCGCUCAAUGCUGAAGGAGUGCAAGGAGAAGAACAGCUUUGAUUUGAUCAAGAUUCAGAAGGACCUUGAUUUGGACUUCCUGGAUACCAUCAAGCUGGUCAACUACGUGCGAUCGGAGGUGAAAGCAGGAAACCACACCCCCGAUGUUUCCUCCAAGGCAAAGUUCGAGGAUGACGCCUACCUGAAGCCUGUGCUCGAGGACGAUGCUGUUUUGUAUAGCCUGGACGAUAUCAAUGAGGAUCAGAACGACGAGCCAGCCCCUGGCACUGAGGCCGAGCGCAAAGUUCUCGAACUUCAAGAGCAGUUGGAGCGCUUGCAAACCCAGUUUUCUGAGUACAGGCUCGCGGUGCAAAAGUCGCUGGACGACCAGUUGAACAAGGAAGAUGAGAAGCUUGAGCCUGGUGAGAACGUGAAAAGGCCUGUCAAGGAUCGCCUUGAGGAUGCCGAUGCCGAUUACUUUACCUCUUACGCCUACAACACCAUCCACGAGUCAAUGCUGAAAGAUGCUAUCCGUACCGAUGCCUACCGUGACUUUGUUUACGAGAACAAGCACCUCUUCAAGGACAAGGUCGUUCUGGAUGUGGGUUGUGGAACUGGUAUUCUGUCCAUGUUCUGCGCCAAGGCUGGUGCGAAGAAGGUCAUUUCGGUUGACAAUUCUAAUAUCAUCGACCGGGCCCGUGAGAUUGUGUACGACAACGAUCUAGGCGACGUGAUCACACUCGUCCGUGGUAAGAUUGAAGAGGUUACUCUUCCCGUUGAUCAGGUCGACAUCAUCAUUUCCGAAUGGAUGGGCUACGCCUUGCUUUUUGAGGCCAUGUUUGAUUCUGUCAUCUACGCUCGCGAUCGCUACCUUGCCCCUGGUGGUCUGAUGGUCCCAUCUCACGCCACUCUCCGUGUUGCCCCCUACGCUGAUCCAGAUUUCAUUGCGUCGCACAUCUCUUUCUGGAACAACGUGUACGGUUUCAAGAUGAACAGCAUGCAGUUGAACAUCCACGACGAAGCACUUGUUCGCCACAUCCCGACCACCUCUAUCCCUGCUGAGUCGGCCGUCUUCCUGCCAUUGCCCCUCCACACCAUCACUGUUGAUGAGUUGACCUUCUUGAAGGACUUCAAGGUCACCUUGAACGAGGACAUUGACGCUCUAGAUGGAUGGGCCAUCUGGUUCGACAUCUUCUUCAUGCCCUCUUCGGAUUCCACUGUGCCCGAGAAUGCCGUCCCUGCCGAUAUGCAAAAGAAGGGCUUCGUUGCAUUUACCACUGGUCCAUAUGGAACCGAGACCCACUGGCAGCAGACUAUCUGUCUCGUUGACCAUGGAAAGCAGGUACCUAAGCCUUUGAAGAAGGGUCAGGUUAUUGCUGGUAAGAUUGGCUACCAGAAGAAGGAGCAGGGCUCUCGCCUGCUGGACCUCAGCAUCCAAUGGCAGGCCGAUGAGAACACCAAGGGUAACCAGCGCUGGUCUCUUCAGUGA